AUGCCAUCAAGUUGGUUGGAAACCCGAAAUCAAACGUCGCUUCCAUUACUCGUUGAUGCGCACCAUCCACUCACUUUCCUUUCUCUUUCCAGUUUCAGAUUUAAGCGCUCUCUGCCUCCAACACUUUGCGUAGAAACUUUGAGACUUGGAAACUCAACGCGUCACACACUGAGUCAAGUAUUGGAGACCAAAACGAUGUCGUAUGCGAGUAGAGAUCUAGAGAGUGGAGGUGGUGCGAGCAAGAACGCCACCACCUACUCCGCUGCUCCCACUUCUUAUGUUUACGAUCCUGAAGUGCACUGGACCUCGUGGCUCGUGCCGCUUUUUGUGGCGGUUAACGUUGUUGUCUUCGUUGUCGCCAUGUAUGUCAACGAUUGUCCCAGGAAUAAUGUCUCCUUUGAUGCGGACUGUGUCGCCACGUUUCUGGGUCGCUUCUCGUUUCAGCCCCUUCGGGAGAAUCCUUUGUUUGGCCCUUCUUCCUCUACCUUAACAAAGAUGGGAGCACUUCGGUGGGAUGACGUUGUGAAUCAGCAUGAAGGAUGGAGACUUGUCACUUGCAUCUGGUUGCAUGCAGGAAUUGUUCAUUUGGCUGCAAACAUGUUGAGUCUGGUCUUCAUUGGGAUUCGCCUUGAACAACAGUUUGGCUUUGUGAGGAUAGGAAUCAUAUACUUGUUGUCUGGAUUCGGCGGGAGUGUUCUAUCUUCUCUAUUCAUUAGAAACAACAUAUCUGUUGGUGCUUCUGGUGCUCUUUUUGGACUUCUUGGAGCAAUGCUUUCAGAACUUGUCACAAACUGGAGUAUUUAUACCAAUAAGGCAGCUGCUUUGUUCACACUUCUGUUUAUUAUUGUCAUCAAUCUUGCCAUUGGAAUGUUGCCCCACGUUGAUAAUUUUGCCCAUAUUGGGGGAUUCCUCACAGGAUUUCUCCUUGGUUUUGUUUUGCUGCUCCGCCCUCAAUUUGGGUGGUUAGAACAGCGACGUCUCCCAGUCGGUGUUCACCUCAAGUCAAAAUACAAGGCUUACCAAUGUGUUCUGUGGAUUGUCUCUCUUAUUUUACUGAUUGUUGGGUUAACUAUUGCUCUAGUGAUGCUAUUUCGGGGUGAGAGUGGAUAUGAUCACUGUCAUUGGUGUCACUAUCUAACAUGUGUUCCAACUUCUAAAUGGAAAUGCAAUGACCCUUAA